AUGAAUCAAGAAAUCUACGAAGAACUGCUCUUCACAAGAACUUUGAUAACCGACACUAAAGGUGAAUCAAUAUUUCAUGUUUUGAAGGAUUACUUCAUUGAAAAAGCAAUUCCUUUAUCAAAUAUAAUAUCAGUAGCUACAGAUGGAGCACCUGCCAUGAUUUUGAAUAUUGAGGAUAUUUUGACUAUGGUAAUACCACCGUGGAUAAUUAAUCCAUAUCGUGACAUAGAAGAAACGAAUGUCAUAAUACAAGAGGAACUGACUGAACUAAGUACAAACGAAGAACUUCAGGUUCAGUUUAAAAGCCGAUAUCAGCAAUUCUGGCUGCAAAACAACAUACCCGUUACUUAUCCCAAUGUGUGA